GAGGUGGAGGAGCCGCAGGGGCCCGCCGAGGCGGCGGCGGCGGCAAGAUGGCGGACUUCCUGCCGUCGCGCUCCGUGCUGUCCGUGUGCUUCCCGGGCUGCGUGUUGACGAACGGCGAGGCCGAGCAGCAGCGCAAGUCCAAGGAGAUCGACAAAUGCCUGUCGCGGGAGAAGACCUACGUGAAGCGGCUGGUGAAGAUCCUGCUGCUGGGUGCGGGCGAGAGCGGCAAGUCCACCUUCCUGAAGCAGAUGCGGAUCAUCCACGGCCAGGACUUCGACCAGCGCGCGCGCGAGGAGUUCCGCCCCACCAUCUACAGCAAUGUGAUCAAAGGUAUGAGGGUGCUGGUAGAUGCCCGAGAGAAGCUUCAUAUUCCCUGGGGAGAUAACAAAAACCAGCUCCAUGGCGACAAGUUGAUGGCAUUUGAUACCCGUGCCCCCAUGGCUGCCCAGGGGAUGGUGGAAACUCGAGUUUUCUUGCAGUACCUUCCAGCUAUAAAAGCCCUGUGGGAAGACAGUGGCAUUCAGAAUGCCUAUGACCGGCGCCGGGAGUUCCAGCUGGGUGAGUCUGUGAAGUAUUUCCUGGAUAACUUGGAUAAACUUGGAGUACCAGAUUACAUUCCAUCACAGCAAGAUAUUCUGCUUGCCAGGAGACCUACCAAAGGCAUCCAUGAGUACGACUUUGAAAUUAAAAAUGUUCCUUUCAAAAUGGUUGAUGUAGGCGGCCAGAGAUCAGAACGGAAACGUUGGUUUGAAUGCUUUGACAGUGUGACAUCAAUACUGUUCCUUGUGUCUUCAAGUGAAUUCGACCAGGUGCUUAUGGAGGAUCGCUUGACCAAUCGCCUUACAGAAUCUCUGAACAUCUUUGAAACAAUUGUCAAUAACCGGGUUUUCAGCAAUGUCUCUAUAAUUCUCUUCCUAAACAAGACAGACUUACUUGAAGAGAAAGUACAAGUUGUGAGCAUCAAAGACUACUUCCUAGACUUUGAAGGGGACCCACACUGCUUAAGAGACGUCCAAAAGUUUCUGGUGGAAUGCUUCCGGGGCAAACGCCGGGACCAACAGCAGAGGCCACUGUACCACCACUUCACCACCGCCAUCAACACGGAGAAUAUCCGCCUCGUGUUCCGCGACGUGAAGGACACAAUCCUCCACGACAACCUCAAGCAGCUUAUGCUCCAGUGAUGACAGGACUUGCUGUUUUAAUCCUUGUUGUGGUUUUGAUUGUUUUCUGUUUGUCUUGUUUUUGUUUUUUAAAUAGCAGUUUACAACAGCGAUUAGAAAAGUCUCAGUUCUAUGUCUAACUUCUUAGAGACCUUGUCCUUCUGCGGCCUUCAGUGUGGGACUGAAAGCUGCUGAAUUAACAACACAUUGCCAAUAUCUGCUGGAAUCCAGGCUUUGAUCGCUUUCACCAUGGCUUCCAUUCAAGUCCAGUUGUAACUUCCUGGUCAGCCUCACAUGAGGUGUAUUUCAGGUUUGAAUGCUUCUGCUUGCAAGCUGAGUUUUCCUGCAGUGCCAAGAGUAGGCAGCAUCCUUAACUCUUUGUAGGGACGAUUCUAGGAAUGCUCAGCUCUAAGAUGAGACCCGAGAGAGAGUGCCUUACACAGCGUGAAGGGGCUAUUAGAGAAAGUUCAGUCUAGGGCCCAGCAGCCUAGGUCUUCGGAGGCUGAGCUGCGCUGUGUUGCACUUGCUUGCACACGCAGCAGUAGUUUUCUUCUCAGUGUCUGUAGCUUCUGAAGGUAAUGUCUUAGUGUUUAAGUUUACAGUAUGGAAUUCGGUCUGAUGCUGAUGCGCUCACAAAUGGUACAUGUACUAUAUUGAUCUAAAAUAACCAGUGACGUGCAGUUUGCCUUUUCCAUAUUUAAGUAUCAGUAACUUAAUAUGCUGUGUUAGAAACAUUUUUGCCAUAACAACAACUAGAAAGGGCGUGCACCAUAGCUGUUGCUGAGUGCCAUGUGUGUGACUUUUUGGUCUGUCUCAAUUGGUUUCGUGCCUUGCUGGAGGAAAACUCUGUUGGGUCUUCUUUCUUUUGCCCUCCUGUCUCAAUCUCAGCAGCUCUAACUGUGGUGUUUGGGGGUUCUUUGUCACCAAGAGCUUGAUGGGCAGUAUUUUCCUGUGAAAUAUGCAAGAAGUCAUCCUUUGAGUAUCCCAUUCAUGCUUAGUGUCCCUGUGGGCGCAGUUUGUAUGUGUCGGUGCUGCUGUUGUGUAGGAGAUGACAACCUUAUGGAGGUACAUUUGAAUGUCUUAAGAAUGCAUCUAAGGAUAAGUAAUUCUUUUGGUCCAUACUUAGGAGGUUUGCCUUUCACGUACACACACACACACACACUGCUAUGUUAAACCAUGCCCAUAAAGUAGCUUUGUGAUUAGAUAUACCCAUAGUGACUGGCGUACGAAAACAUUUGUCAUGUUCCGCAGGCCUGUGGAGUUUGCAGAGCCUGAGCACACCCCUGCUUCCCCCGGAGAAUGCGUGAGGACUGACGCCUGUCACAUUACUGUGUGACUCUUCUCAGGCAAAAAAUUGGGCCCUGAAAGAUUGGUCAACUUGGUGGCUCACAGGCAGUGGUGUUCCUUAGUCCUUGAUGGCAGGUGUGUGAACCGGGCCUCUUAGUAUCCUAACGAGGGAUGUGUUCUCAAUAGACCUGACUUGUCUUGGAUUUGAACUCUUGCUGUCUUUUUAUUUAUAAAUCCCAGUGUUUUCUUGCCUUUGGUAAUACAUGAGCUUAAGACAUGUAGUCCAAUAUCACAGUACAGGUGUUGAUAGCAUAAUUUAUGUAUAUUUAAAAUGUUCUACAUCUAGUCCUUUUUGCCAAAAAGAAUGUAUCGUUUAAGUGUUUGAGGUUAGCAUAACUCCAGUGCUGAUGAAAUCUGAACACGUGCACAGUAACACUUGGUUUGUUUUGUUAAUUUAGCAGACAUUGCUGUGCAUUGGCCACAACUAACUGCAGUGAAUGUAGAAGUCAGUCCCUCCAGAAAGCAGGUAUAUCCAGUUACACUUGACUCUGGUGAGACAGAAAUCAUGCCUGUCAGAACAGAACCACUGAUUUUCUCCAUUGUGACUAUUGCCAAGAAAUGACAAGAGCACCUGACUAGACACAGCAUCCUUCUGGGCAUCUGCACCUUCCUUCUGAAGCAUGCAGACACUCAGAACCAAAUGCAGUCUAGGUACAUUCUGAAGCAGUGGAUUGCUUACUUGCAGUUUAUACCAAAUUGUUUAGAAUUCAAAGAAUUGUAAGGCUUAGCCAAAAAGUUCUGGUCCAUGUUUGAAAGGAAUCUUACAGCUAAAAGUCAGGUCCUUUUGUGAAUUGAACUGUGUGAAGAGGAAGGCAAAAUUUAGCCAACAGAAUUAAGAAGGUGCUCCACCCUCCCUACGCUGACUCUGACUCCCCCAGUCCCUAAAAUGCGACUUGGAGUCAAAGCUCCGUGGGGCAUUGGACUUUGCAUGUCUUGGGCAAGUGGAUUGACCUGUGCCUAACCCCUUCCUGCAACGCACGAUCACACAAGUGUCUUGGUUGACUUUGAAAUUUUUUUACAUUUUACAGAGUUGCCUUAUAAAUGAAAGACACCACAGAUUUAACCUUAAUUGUUUCUAACGGGGAAAGGGCUUCUUAUCAUCUUCAAGGUGCGUUUCUGCCACUUAAAUAUUCUUAAUGUUCUGAAAUACUGCUUUCUGCCAAAUGCUGUCUGUAUUAAAUUGACGCCUCCAUUUCAGUUUUUCUAUCUGGAAAGGGUUCUGAUAGCCAGAGGGCAGCUGCAGCCAAACAAGACAGGGCAUCCUGGAGAAGAGCACGUUUCUAUCAUAGUGCUUUGGUGGGCACUUGACACCCAGCCGGUCCUUUGUGACGCUUUCCAGCCCAGGCUCUCCAGGGAAAUGCCUGCUCAGUUGGUGGCAGCUGUUAAUUUAAAGUGAGAGAAAGUAGGACCACAUUGGUGCCAGAAGUGACAAGUGUUGUCAGAUGCAGCGCAGCCUGUGCCCUCUAAGUGAACCAACCGCCUUCCAAUGUAAGCCCGAACGCUGGGCUUCUGUCCUGACGGGAUGUGUUCCUCAGCAUUGGUGUUCACAUCCGGUUAUGCCUCGUUUAUAUGAAGAAUAAAAUCUCCAAGUUAUGUGGUUAUAUCCUGAAACUCAAGCUAUUUGGAAAUCCCUCAAAUUGGUGCUUUCAUUAUUUAAUGAUACAUUUAGGCAAAACCCAAACAAACCAUUUGAAAUGUGACUCUGGAUUGCAGUUUAUAGCGAUGUUCUAUUUCUCAUUCGAGGAGACCAAGUGUCAGUGUUAAUCUGAAUUUCCUGUAUGAACCCAUGCACCCUAACUGUAAAGCCCAGUCAAUUUGUAACAAAUUCCCAAAUAAACCUAGAGAAAGCCGCUCUGCUACCUUUUCAUUUCUUUAAUUUUAUUAAAAGAUGGAGAGUACAGUCUUGCAGGUCCUCUCGUUUGGAAAUAGGCCUUUGCUGUAUCUUCCUGUGGUUUCAGCACAUUGAAUUCCAUGAGCCCAGUGAGCCUGUGCUGUGAUACUCGAGAAAAAGCACUUUCUCCUUUGUUUUCUUCCUUUAACACUGGGAUGGCUUUUCAGUUUAGAGAGCAUGGGGCACAUGAUGCCCAUUUGCUUAUGGUACGACGUUAGGACUUAGUUUAUACUAAAGAUUGAAUUCUGUGUUCAAACCUGAUGAUGGCUUUUCAGAUACCAUCAGCUGGAUACCGCUAGCCUCGCCUGGCAGGCGCUUGCCCGAUUCAUCAAAGCAGUGUGUGUCCACUAUCCUUGUUCUCCUGCCUGAAUGUAGAUGAGCAUUUGAAUUGACCUGUUCAUCCUUAUGUAUAGCAUUCAGGUCUACCCAUCCAGUUCUAAAUGCCAGGGAUGGCACAGGACAUUGUGUGCCAUUUGUUUGUAUAUUUGUGUGCUUUUGAGACAGGGUCCCCCUGUCUACUCUUCCUCUUGAAUUUGAGAUCUCCAGACUCAGCCAAGAGCAGAGACUACCGCUUGCCUUCUCAAGCACAUGUGCCUGUACCUUGUGGGCUGUCAAGUGACUUUCAUGACCUUUGCUGUGUUACGGUGAUGAAACUCCAGAUGGAUUGAAGCCUACCUGGAUGCAGGAAGCAUAAACUUCCAAUCUGUGACAAUCACUGAUCCUAAUAAACCACCUUUUUGCUAUGUAAUUCUGAUUUUAUUCACAGAUCCAGCACUGCUAAAAAAGAGUAGCGAUUUUGGCCCUAACCGUGCCUGUUUGAUGGUAGCAGGAGUGACGGGGAGGAAGGAGGCAAUGUGUUCUGGUUGAGCGCAUACGGUAAUGAAGCAGACUGCACUGUGUAACCUCUCUUUACCUCUUUCUUACUUGAAAGCAGAAUCGCAAAAUAUUCUAGAUGGCUUUUCUCUAUUACGUGUGAGCUCGCGGGGGCACAAGAAGCCUUGUCCGAAGCACUCAGUGCUACCGUCGCAGAUACUGCUCCUAACCAGACAUGGUUUAUUUUACCCUGAAUAAAAGUAUUUGUGGCUUAGAUUUUUUUUUCUGUACAUCUUUUUAUAACUUUCCAGGAACUAGGCACAUUAUCUGAUACUGUUGUAAAUUUCUUUUGGCCAGUGCUUUGGUUCCAGAGUAGCAGUAAAUUAUUUCUACAGGAGGUCUAAGAGUGGAAGGAAUGGUUUCUUUUUAUAAAACGAGUUGCUAUUCAUUAAGGCUUUUUACUUUUGUACAUAUUUUGCAAAAUUUGUUUCCUUACUAUUAAUAUUUGCUUUGUAAAAAUUACUGACAUUUAAUAAACAUUUAUAAACGA